GCGCAAAGCCUCCUUUCUAAUGUCGGUCUGAAUCGGUUCCUAGUCAGUGUACAGCAACAUAAGCCACUGAUUUAGUAGGUCUGCAUAAUGUUCAGAGCCGUAGUUCGACUCUCAACUUCUGGAAUACGGAGUUUAGCGCGGCCACAACCCUGUCAUUCGGCUCCACUGCUGUGCCGAGGAUACUCCCAUGGCAAGGUGGAGACAGAUGAGGAGUUUGAUGCCCGCUGGGUCACGUACUUCAGCAAGCCAGACAUUGAUGCAUGGGAGCUAAAGAAAGGCAUGAAUACCCUCAUCGGUUAUGACCUGGUACCCGAAGCUAAGAUCCUGGACUCGGCUCUCCGAGCCUGCCGAAGGCUGAACGACCUGGCCAGCGCCAUCCGCAUCCUCGAGGCAGUCAAGGACAAAUCAGGCCCACACAAAGACAUCUACCCAUACCUGAUUCAGGAACUGACUCCUACUCUGGCUGAGCUAGGCAUCUCAACACCAGAGGAGCUUGGUAUUGACCGGUUAUAGACCCCGUACCUGGGUCAUUGAUGUUCAAACAGAAUCACUGUUCUUCAAAGUUAUGUCCCAGUUCCAAUGUCUACGAUGUUGACUGAAACUUCUUAUCCGGUUGUGAAUAAAUAAAUGGACCUAAUAAUAAUAAUAAAAGCAAUAUACUAUUGAAUCAAA